GUCACUAAGUCGAUAUUGAACGCAGUACAAUAUCGCCUACAAAAGUUUUUGUUUUUUUAGACGAAAUAUUUGAAACGUUUAGCAACAAUGCGGAGUGCAAUUGAAAUACUUUUCCUUUCGGCGCUUUUUCAACAAACCGGUAAGUACUUCGGCAAUUAUUUCUCACAACAACACUCUUGCGCAUGGAAAUAACCGGGAACCAAAGGAAGCUGUCAGGAAUUUUAAUGGCCCCUCUAACUGCUUUCAGGAAGCCAUUUUGAAAGUCCUCUAAUUCGGCCUUAAGUCAGCCGACAUCAUUGAAAAGCUUUUAAAAAAUCCGUUCCGAAAGACACCCAGCUUUUGGCAAUCGAGGAAGACUGCCAUCGAUAAAUUACUUGAGAUCUGGUAACCUACUAAUGACAUCCUCAUUUUGCAGCUAGCAAAGCUGCUACUUGUGAUGUAUAUAUGCCAUAUAUUGAGAGCUGUGCGGCAUAAACAAUUUUCAAAGGCAAUGGUUAGAGUUCGUUUGGUCAACCCCUGACUAAUGUUCAUGGAUUCUAGGAUGGAAAAUUAACAAUGAAAUCCCGAAAGCCGGUUGUAUUAGCGGUUAAAUAGAAUGCACACAAAAUGUCCGAAAAACUGCAAAGUCACGAACAAGACUUUAAAAAGACAAAAAAGCAAGUAAGAGCUAGAUGAAUGGCAAAUGCAGAUUUUGUUACUGAAGGUUCACUCGAAAAAAGUGAGCGUUGGUGCAUACUAACGACGCGAUAUUGCAACUUGCAUUUACAAACUAAUGGCUCACAUACAAAAUAGCAACUGGUUCAAUAGGCUCUUUGGUCAACUUAAUACCAUAUUCUCUCAUCUAUUAUUGCGAACCUUAUUUCAGUCAAAGUUAUCAAUUCCUUUCAGCUUUUAAAGAAGAAAUUCAAGAGAAAACAGCAAAAUUUUUGCUGAGCAAAUUGAAUUAUUCGUAGUAGCUUUUCCAACGUGUUGUCAAAAGAUAACAGGUGGCCGUUUUUAUGGCGAACGAGCACUGUUGACAAAAAGCACUUAUUCAUCAUCUACAGAAAAAGACAUGCGAGAUUAUCAAAUGAUCAACAAAGAAAAAUGCUUUCAACUGAUCUUUUAUCAAAUUCUCUCAACUAAUCAUUGAGGAAAUAUUUGGAGAUCAGCAUGGAGAAUUUGUAUGUAGAUAUUGGCGCUUAAAAGGUUAUUAAGCGGAAAACAAUUUAGCAAAACAUUUAUCACCCUGCGAUGAAAGCCUCCUUUUUUUUCUAGAGUGAGACUCCGCCUGAAUCACAUCAAGCGUUUGAAGUUGCCGAGGCCCGAACAUCUGGACUAGUCAUUCUUGUUCUCUCACGGUUUUUACUGAGUGCAAGCGUCCGUUAAUUGGUAAAUCCAUGGUCAUAACUGAGCUCGCUAAACCAUACGCACUGAAAUAAGGCCUGGGUUUGAAAGUGUAUCCUAGCAACAAGCAGCACUCUUACUCUCAUGCAAAGUCUUUUCCCCCAGUUGCCAAAAUCGAGCAGGUGAAAGAAAGACUCUUAUCAAGUGAUUACAAAAACGCGCUUGGCUUUUGGAUGGAUCAGCGAACGUUCUAAAAAUUACGGACAGGUCGCUUUGACAUCAUUCGUUAAAAAAAUCAGUAAUUUGAUUGGACAAUCAAACGAUGCUUUAUUCACUUUUCCAUCUUAGUGUCUACGGUUUGAUUUUCUCAUCAGCUAUUGGCUGAUAAAACAAAUACCGUAAAAUUCCGAAAAUAAGCCCCUCCAUGUAUAAGCCCCUCCAAAUAUAAGCCCCCCAAACAGGUAAAGCAAAAAACCCUCCGUUAAAUCGCCCCUCCAAAUAUAAGCCCCCCCGGGGGCUUGUACUUGGAAAAUUGCCCUCAAAUACAAAGUAAAACAAAGCAAAACCGGUAAAUUUACUUCCAGCUAUAAGGCUAGCCCAGUCGAUUUUGAAACGCAAAUUUCGCUCCGUAGAUAAGCCCCUCCAAAAAUAAGCCCCUCAAAAAGGGCCUUUGAAAAAUAUAUGCUCCGGGGCUUAUUUUCGGAAUUUUACGGUAACAGACACGUUCGAAACCUUAUUUCAAGCAAACCCCAUGACAAUAUUGGAGUGACUGGAUUGAAAGACCCUAAUGAGCGUUUUCUUAUGUUUUCAGCUGUAUCCUUGACGUGUUAUACCUGUUACUCAAAAGUAAACUGGACUGACUGUGACCAGCAGAGAAGUCGAGUGAUUUGUGCGCCAUGGUUGGACGUCUGUGCCAAAACCCGCGUUUAUUUCGACGCCUGGGGGAAACAAUUUGACGUCUACGAACGUGGAUGUUUUGCAAACGAUUUUUGUACCCCUCGAGCUUGCAAGUACAUCAGCGGCGGCGAAAACUGUACUGUAAAUUGCUGUGAUCUGGAACUCUGUAAUGGAACCGUUUUAACAACUCACACCGGCAAGUUCCUUGUUUGGCUAUCUGUGGCUUUCGCAGUUUUCCAACAAGUGUUGUUGGACUAAAAUGGUUGUGCGGAUCCCUACUGAAUCCAAAUAUGAAGUGAAUUUUCUAAAGCAGUAAAAAAAGGGCUCAGUGUUCCGUCGUAAAUGUUUCUGAGACGCAACCUGGGUUGUAAUCCAUUAAUUUAUCCCCACCAUCCAUAAAAACGAUCCAGUUAGCAGAGCCAUUGGGUAAAUAAGCGGAGCAAAUAUACUCCAAACUGCGUUCCAUUCCUUGUAAAAUGAUAAAUAAAAUUACAUUUGUAGGUCUUUCAAGCAGAUUCUGAUCUACCGCGACUCCUCUUAACGACGAAAGUGCUGUCAAUGGAAAAUUUGUGAAACGAUGAGAAAGACAUGUCAAAAAAUCCACUUUUCCUGUGCAAGGUUUCAUUCGUCUGGUCUCUUUAG